AUGAGCGGAUUUGGGCAGUGCCGUUUCUGCUCCGAGAAUCCGUUCGCCGUACUCUUCGGAUCGAAGCCAGAAGAGAAGAAGACAAGGGUGCAGGUCGCUCCGAAGGCGAAGACUCCUUCCAAGAGGAACGAGGCAAACUUCCAGCGACGAUCAGAGGAAGAAAUCAAGGAGACAGUGGCGCGUUGGGAGAUGUACGUCCAUCCCCGCGCCAAGGAGUUCUUCUCAGAUGCGAAGCAGCUGGAGGAGGUGCUCUCCCAGCUGGCCAAGGGCACUGACAGGAACGCCGACCCCGUGCUUGGUUCCGACAAGGAGUGCGUGCACUGGUAUGGCGACGUGACGAAGGACGAGCUCCAAGCCGCCAUCCGCAUGGUAAAACCAGGUGAGUCGUCCGAGUCCAUCACCUAUGUGAACCGCGUUUUGGCCUUUCUGUUUGCCACCGACGAGUCCUUUGAAAAGCUCAUGCAGCUUCCGAAAGAGCCUUUCAGAAUGUCCUGCGGUGAUCAGCUCUGCGUGAACCUCGCCCACAUCUCGGUCUCAACUUGCUGA